UCAUCGAAACUCAUACUUCGCUACCAAUAAUGACUGUGGAGAGGAUCUGUUGUGUGGGCGCGGGUUAUGUCGGAGGACCGACUUGUACUGUAAUCGCCAGCAAUUGUCCCGACAUUAGGGUCUGUGUCGUCGACUCUAACGCCGAGAGAAUCGCUAAAUGGAAUUCAGACGAACUGCCCAUUUAUGAGCCCGGACUCGACGAUAUUGUCCGCAAAUGUCGCGGAACUAACCUCUUCUUCUCGAAUAAUAUCCAGGAAGAGAUCGAAAAGGCGGACAUUAUCUUCAUAUCAGUCAAUACUCCGACCAAAACGUUUGGUUUUGGUAAAGGAAAAGCGGCUGAUCUUCAGAAUCUGGAACACGUCGCCCGACUUAUAGCCAAUUAUUCAAAUAAAAGCAAAAUAGUGGUCGAGAAGAGCACAGUUCCCGUUCGCGCCGCUGAAAGUAUUAACAGAAUAUUGACGGCAAACACGAGACCCGGCAUCAGAUUCGAUGUGCUCUCGAAU